UAGAGAAGCAUGCUCUCAUGGACAGACAAUUGAUAGUGCUUUCUCCAAACGUUCUUUAAUUCUUACAGACAAAAACAAAACCCAAGAAAAGAAGAAAUACAAGAAAGCAACAGUACAAAAACAGAAUAUAGUACUACUGGUAUUGCUACUGUGUUACUGCUACACACUAAUCUUUAUCUUUUUUAUGGCCGUCUUUAACUGCUUUAACUUUGUCUGUAAAACCAAUUGGCAAAGUGAAAAAGAAAAACUGCAACAAAAGACAGUAUUAGUGUUUACCAGAUUCAACUUCACACUUUGCUGACCAAAAGGACAGCUGACUCUGUCGUUUUAUGCCUUGUGUUCAAGCAUAACGACAUACCAUUUCCCCUAAUAUGCUGGGCCGGCCUUGGGUUUGGGUCAAAAAGAAACCAUAACCUCUCUCACAGACACAUUUUUUUGUACGAGAGAGAAGGUGGGCUGUUGUUUUUUGCACUUUAUUUUGUUCAAAUUCCAUACAAGAAUUGCAUUGUCUUGUUCUUAAGGUGAAUUCCUGUCUCACUCUUGGUCAUUCACGUUGUGUUUUCUGGGCUUAAACUAUUUCUUCUUAAGAAAAGGAAUAAUUCUGUUCAAUGCCCAUUUGGAAGUUGAUCAUUUUAAUGCAUGAAAGUUAGUGCUUUCCGUCGAAAUUUGUGGAAUUGUAGUUUGCUUCAUCUUGUUGAGCUCAAGAUUUUCCGGAAGAGGGAGUGUAGAGAGAGUGGCGCAUGAAGGAGUAGUGGAAAAAUGAGAGAUGAAAAUUCCAAGAAAAGCAAGUUCUCGUGGUCGAAGAAACUGGUAAGAAAAUGGUUCAAUAGUAAGAGCAAAUGUGGUGAAUUUGAGGCCGACGAAGCUGUGUAUGCAAGGGGUGAUUCGGAAUGGAGGAAUAGCCGCUCCGAGAGGGAACCGUGUACAAUCAAGAAAAGUAAAACCGAAAAAACAAUAAACAACAUAGAACGAUCCUAUUCCCGUUCACGAUCCCGUCGAGGGAGAGGUUAUCUAGAUCACCCUCAGAUUGUAAAUGUCCAGAAUUACAGUGUCUUUGUAUCAACAUGGAAUGUUGGGGGGAAAUCGCCGUCAAGCAAUAUGAAUCUAGAUGAUUGGCUACAUUCUCAACCUCCUGCAGAUAUUUAUGUACUAGGAUUCCAAGAAAUAGUUCCUUUGAAUCCUGGUAAUAUUCUUGGUGCUGAAGACAAUGGCCCUGCCAAAAAAUGGUUAGCUCUUAUACAGAGGACGUUAAACAAUGCACCUGGAACUAGUGGAGGGCGUGAGUGUUUUACACCAUCGCCAAUCCCCAAUCCAGUUGUGGAAUGGAAUGCAGAUUUUGAGGGAUCAACCAUGCGGAACACAUCUUCCUUCUUGCAUCGACGAUCGUUUCAAACACCACAAUACUGGAGAAUGGACAAUGACGUUUCAAUAUCACAACCUCACCCAAAUAGUCGACAUAGUGUAUGUGACCGGGUAAUUUUGGGUCAUAGGCCUAGUGAUAUCGAUCCAAAUAUCAGAUGGGGUUACAGGCCAAGUGACUGUUCCACUAUUCCGAGGCCUAGUGACUUUUCCUCUAGUCGUCGGCCCAGUGAUUAUUCCUCUGGUCGUCGACCAAGUGACUAUUCCUCUGGUCGCCGUCCGAGUGACUAUUCCUGGGGUCAGAGACCAAGUGAUUUCUCUAGAUGGGGUUCAGAUGAGGAUUAUAUGCCUGAGGACUCACCUGGAACAGUGUUGAAUUCGCCGAUGUCCUGCAGUGGAUAUGCACCAAAGGAAGAGGGAUACACAUUACCUGGCCAUUCUAGGUACUGUUUAGUUGCGAGUAAGCAAAUGGUUGGUAUAUUUCUUACAGUUUGGGUUCGAAGCGAAUUAAGGGAGCAUGUCCAGAACAUGAAAGUAUCUUGUGUUGGCAGAGGAUUGAUGGGAUACCUGGGAAAUAAGGGAUCCAUUUCGAUUAGUAUGUUACUGCAUCAAACAAGCCUUUGCUUUGUGUGCAGUCACUUGACUUCAGGUCAGAAGGAGGGCGAUGAAAUACGUAGAAAUGCUGAUGUAAUGGAGAUCCUUAGGAAAACAAGGUUCCCACGAGUAAAUAAUUACAAAAGCAUAAAACAGGUUGCAGAGCUUGAUAGAUUCACUUUUCUACUUAUGGUUACUUAUAAUUAA